AUUUCAGUAAUUGACCCCAUAAUCUUAUUUCUGGAUAACAGCACCCUAACAUGCCUGUCCAUGCUUUGAAAUGUAGACCUAGAUUGUGGCCAGACCAGCAGCCUUCCUGAUGGUCAUUCCUGAUGAUUAGAACUUCAUCAGUGCAAGAAGGAAUAUCUUUGAAUUCUCCAUUAGGCUGGGCUGCUUCAUUAAGCCACUGUGUAGCACUCUGGGUAUCCAGAAGCAUGCUAGAAAAGUGGAGUCAGGAGUCCAUCAAGCAUCUACCUAGUAAAUUGAACACAUCCCUCAAACACUUACUCUCUUUUGGCAAGGAAUGCCAUGGCCAAAUCCUUUCGGAAGAAUCAUCAUUGUGAGUGUGAUGACCUCUCCUGGGAUGUUCUUCUUCCCUAAUUGUUCCAUUCAAAUCCAGUCCAUCUUUUCAGACACAACAUAAAUACAGCCUCCUAUUAAAGGAGUUGGAAGAUAUCUUAGAAGCAUCUGGUCCAUACCCCAGAGUUCUUUAUGAACUUACUGAUCCAUAUGCCAUGAGACCACAUGACAAAUGAAAUACUUUGGAUCAACAUGGUGACAGAAACAUGAUUCAGUGAGAAAAAGGACAAUUCUGAAUUGUUUGAAACUCUGGAGGAGGAUAUAGACUGGAGGAAAAAACCUGCAAAUGACAAAUUGAAGAAAGAGAAGAAGUAUCAGCCCAGGAGUUAAAGUCACUGUUUGAAAAAAAGUCCCUAAAAGAAAAACCUCCGAGUUCUGGAAAGCAGUCAAUAUUAUCUGUACGCCUGGAGCAGUGCCCUCUGCAGCUGAAUAACCCCUUUAACGAGUAUUCCAAAUUUGAUGGCAAGGGUCAUGUAGGGACAACAGCAACCAAGAAGAUCGAUGUCUACCUCCCACUGCACUCCAGCCAGGACAGACUGCUGCCAAUGACUGUGGUGACAAUGGCCAGCGCCAGAGUGCAGGACCUGAUUGGGCUCAUCUGUUGGCAGUACACAAGUGAAGGACGGGAGCCAAAACUCAACGACAAUGUCAGUGCCUACUGCCUGCAUAUUGCUGAGGAUGAUGGAGAGGUUGACACAGAUUUCCCCCCACUGGAUUCCAACGAGCCCAUUCAUAAAUUUGGCUUCAGUACUUUGGCCCUGGUUGAAAAAUAUUCAUCUCCUGGUCUGACAUCCAAAGAGUCACUCUUUGUUCGAAUAAAUGCUGCUCAUGGAUUCUCCCUUAUUCAGGUGGACAACACAAAGGUCACCAUGAAGGAAAUCUUGCUAAAGGCAGUGAAGCGAAGGAAAGGAUCUCAGAAGAUUUCGGGCCCUCAGUACCGCCUGGAGAAGCAGAGCGAGCCCAAUGUUGCUGUGGACUUGGAGAGCACCUUGGAGAGCCAGAGCGCAUGGGAGUUCUGCCUGGUCCGCGAGAACAGUUCAAGGGCAGACGGGGUUUUAGAGGAGGAUUCGCAAAUUGACAUAGCUACAGUACAGGAUAUGCUUAGCAGCCACCAUUACAAGUCAUUCAAAGUCAGCAUGAUCCACAGACUACGAUUCACAACCGACGUACAGUUAGGUAUCUCUGGAGACAAGGUAGAGAUAGACCCUGUUACGAAUCAGAAAGCCAGCACUAAGUUUUGGAUUAAGCAGAAACCCAUCUCAGUCGAUUCUGACCUGCUCUGUGCCUGUGACCUUGCUGAAGAAAAGAGCCCCAGUCACGCAAUAUUUAAACUCACAUAUCUAAGCAAUCACGACUAUAAACACCUCUACUUUGAAUCUGACGCUGCUACCAUCAAUGAAAUCGUGCUCAAGGUUAACUACAUCCUGGAAUCACGAGCAAGCACUGCCCGGGCUGACUAUUUUGCUCAAAAACAAAGAAAACUGAACAGACGUACAAGCUUCAGCUUCCAGAAGGAGAAGAAAUCAGGACAGCAGUGACCCUGGCCUCCAGCCUCAGUCUAUUGCCAAAGCUCAGAGCCUGCCUGCCAGGGCCCAGGCAGCCUUAGAGCCCUCCCUGCAUCCUGCAGUCCUGGGGAGGGAGGCCAGCUCCUGGCUCAUGGGCACAGGGCUGGUGGGCUCUUGGGGAAGGCGUGGAGGGACACCCCCUAGGAUGGAGCUGAGUAGCAAUGGCUGUGGUUAGCAGUGCCUGGAGGCCUGACCGCCACCAAGAGGAACCACGUGCUGCCCAGCCGUUUUCACUGCCUGGUGACCCUGCCCGAGGAUGUACAUAGCCAUGCCCAGAUACUUCCUUGCAACCUUGAUCAAAUUUCUAAAAGCAAAUGAAGAACAAAAAUGUACAUUUCUUUUUUUUCCUUUUAAUAAACAGGUGUACUCUUUA